GACGAUAUCUACUAACUUGCCAGUCUGCCUCGAGCCUCUGAUGCGCUCGGUAGUGCUAUUGAUUUUAUGCGCGAAUUUAUCCGUCUUUCAAUUCGUGUGUUCGCUUCGAAUUAGCCUAAAACUCUGGAACUUUUGUAUGAUCACCGGUGGAUUCGGUCCACUGCAGUGAGAUUACUGUGAACGCAGUUGGAUUUGUGUGGAAUCGGUGACAGUGAAGUGGGACUGUUCGCGCUACGUCGUCGACCGUCGUCGUGCCUGAGUUGGCGUCGUCCCUCCGUUUCUCGCGAGGUACCUACUUGGAACUGGGUGUGAACCCAGAUACGGUGUGUGUGGUUUUAUGUAAUCUUAUUUAUACUGUUAUUGAAGCAACUCUUAGUGGUAUUUGUGAUUUAUACGCUCAGUGUACGUGAAACGCUACAUUCGUAUUGGAGUUAAUUGAUUUACUAUAAAGUGAAUUGUGCGCUCUUUACUGCAACUAUUCGCUUGUUAUGCUUUGCAAACAAGUGAUUUGUGUCGUUACUGGAUUGUUAUUUGUUUGGAUUCUCACCAGCUAAAUGGCUAUUGUCGUGGAGGCAUUAAAACCAGAGUCAUGAACGCGUGUGGGGACUGCCAUUCACAUCAAGCAGGAUAGCUUAUCAAACGUGGUGCUCUCUAGAGACGGCGCUCAUAGUAUGGACGUACUCAAGAAUGUACUGGAAGAGACACGCCAGUUUUUUAUGGGGGUGCCGAAGCAAGUGCAGGGAGAGGACUCUGGGCAAGCCGUGUGGCCGACUGGCGCUCCACCUCCUGAAGAGGGAACACCAGCGCUAUCCGGUGCGCCAGCACCUUCUUCGCGGCCUCCUUCUGCUGCGGCUGCACCGGCAAUUGCAACCACUCCGGUCCCAAUGCCGCCACGUCCUCCUUCAGAACCGCUGGAACCCAAGCCGCACAUCAUCCAUAAAGCGACUGUAAUGCGCGAAGCGGCAGAAAAGCGACGAGAGAUUCCAGAUAUUGAAGACGAGGAAGAACCAUUAGAUAACCUGUCGCCGCCCUCGCACAUCAUACACAAACCACCACCGACACUGUCCUCUCCUGCUGCGGCCCCGGCUGCUCCGUGUCCGUCCCCUGCCAGGCCGCCCUCUGCUGCCCCGUCAGGUCCGUUAUCUUCGCAGGAACCGCAAUUAGAACCAUCCGGAUCAUAUCGGGUUCCAGUGAAUCGCGUCCAUACACCUACUUCCAGGCCCCCUGAGCAUUUUGCGCCCAGUCGGCCACCAGAUCCGUACUCGGCAUCCCGCCCUCCAGAGCCGUACCGUCGCUACUACGAGCAAAAACUUGUAGACAGUGGUAGAACAUCACACGGACCGAUUGCUUCGGCACAACCAUCUAUGCCGUCGCGACAAUCUUAUGCGCGGAUAUCUACUACGAUGCCACAGCAUAUGGUGUCAAGAUUGCGCGACGCCCCUGCUUCGCACAGCCCACCUGCGCAGCGCUACGCCAUGCCGGUGACACAACCGCCACCCCCGCAUAAUGAUCGCGUUCCGCCUAUACACCAUCCACAGACGCCUCCAGCACCAAAACUAGGUACAAUGGAUGCGCGUACAGCUCAAAUAUAUCCUACACUACAGCAGCGGCGUGAAUCGUCACCUUACGCAAGAACUGUGUCGCAUUAUGAUCGACAUCCUACAGUUUCUUCCCGGAAAUAUGAUCCCCAACAAGCUUUUCCGGGUUAUAGACCUACACCUGCUGCUCCACAACCAUUGCAGAAUCAUCGUGUAGAUACGCAUCACCAAGUUCCAUACAAGCACAUAGCGUCAGAGGCUUUAAGUGCCCACUAUCCAGCACGUCCCCUGGAUCGCUCACCAGUUCCGCCGGUACCACAUACUCAUGAUGCAUCACGUCUGCCAACUCGAUCAGAUUAUGUCAAUGUUAGCAGAAAUAUUGACGCUAGAGCUAAUUAUCCAUACCCGGCUUCUCCGGCUUCGACCUCAAAAUAUACUGCGAGCGCCCCCGUGCCGGUUCCAAAAAACUCUACAUUACCAACUAGACCUGGUCAUCGGGCACCCACUACUCCAAGAAUCAAUUAUGAUUAUACGACACCCAAUCCCGUCCAGACAUCACCUGCACGGUCAAUAACAAAACCAGGAUAUCCAGGUCAACCGGCCAGACCGACGGUUUCAGUAACAAGUAUUGUAAAUGAAAUGAAUCAAACAAAACAAAAACGAGAGUCACCGUUAGAUCUCUCCGUUAAGACUGUUAAAAACUCAGCGGAUUCCUCUACAACUCAAGACGAUGUGAUAGACUCUGCGACUAGUGAGCAUAAAAAUGUGCAAGCUCAUCCAUCUUCCAGUGGUCGCAAUGCGCAUAUACCUGACGUAGGUUAUGUGGGAUCUCAUAAAGUCGACUUUAGUCCUAACUUCUCACAAUAUGGAGACAGAAAUGUUAGCCAUAACUACAACGCACCUGCGCAGCCAAUCCAUCCACCGUUGCGGUUUAACGGCUCAUACGAAGCCGGUAGACCAGUUCCUGAACGUUAUCCCGUUGAAUCUCCUCAUCAAUCGCAUACAGAUAAAUAUCCCGUUCCUGUUGUAGGAAGAACUGAAUAUGUUUCUAGACAUAUCGGCGACAAUAGACAUCUUGAGAAUAGAAUUCGAGAUGAUCGGACUUUUAUAAUAGAAGAGCGAAAGCGACCGGCUGGACCGAUUGUGAGCAACAUUCCUGAAAAAAUAGUUCGUUAUGAAACGUGGGUGGCUGACAGUCGGAUACAACGCAUGACUCGUGAACAAGACGAGCUAAUGCGGCAACCGCUUUAUUACAAUAGCCAUAAACAAUUAGAGGCUUAUCAUAAUGAAUACAAAAGGGCCACGAUUCCUGGUCCAUAUCGAGACCACCCUUCGCUGUCCAGUCAUAGAUAUCCAAGUAAUCAUUAUCCAGCAGAAUUACCUUCGCGUGAACCUAUUCCAUACCACCCUCAAUACCUUGAGAGGAAUUCGUCAAUUAUAAAUAGCCGAAACCACCAUGUGAUAAAGAGAUUUCCAAACCAUCGUGAUGGACACCCUCAUCAUUUAGAUCCUAAUGGAGUUCUUCCAGUUGACAAUUCAGUUAAAAGUAUUCUUAGGAGUAAUUUAGAAACGAAACAAUCUGGAUUUGUAGAGCCUCCACGAAUAUCCAAACAAAUACCUGAUCUCAUAGUUAUUGACGACAUCGAUGAUUCUGUGAUAGAAAUACCUGAUGAUUCUGAGACAAACAUUAAAAGUGUCGCUAAAGCUGGCCAUAACACAAUUACUCAGAAUUUAAGUUCACACAUACAAAUGCCAAAAGCUGUAGAUUCGUUACCACGUGAUUCUGAAUAUCAUACAUUUGAUAAUACAGACACCAAGAGCAAGUCACCCGAAAAUGAUGUUGCGUCAAGAAUUAGAACGAAGGCAGAGUUAAAGGUUAUGCCACCUUCACAAGACAGUUCAUUAAAAGCAGAAAAUAAACAAGAUAAUAUCGCACCAGAAAGUGAUAGGGUUAAAAUCGUACCCAAAUCGCAAAAACAACAUUUGUUUAAUCAAAUUAGAGAAGACAAUCUACGAUUAGAAUCUGUUAAAAGUGAGAAACCGUCAGAAAUAACGGUUCCUGAAGUUAAAUCAGAACCUAUGAAUAUUGAUGAAAUCGAAAGAGACGCUGAAAUUUCCAUUAAAACGGAAAAUAUUCUGCAAAAUUUAGAUCCUGAAGGAAUCAUAGUGUCGGAAGAUUUGCCGGCCGAUGAUUUAGAUUGGGCUAGUGCUUGUGACAGUUUUAUGGAACAACUUAAAUCGGGAUGCCAUAAAAAGAGGGCUCAUAAAAAACGUAUUGAUACUCUGGAUAAUAACAAUGAAAACAAAUCAGAUGAAUCGCAAAGACCUGAAAUCAUAGAAAACGCUGUAGAGAAAUCAUCGACUGAAAUACAACCAACUAUCGUUAUUAAACAGGAACCAGUUGAUAGUGAAGAAAUUACAACACAGAAUGAAGUCUUAGAACCUGAGUUGGAUGAGUCUUCAAUACCUGUAAUUGAAAACGAACAUCAAUCGCAAAAUAUUUCUCAAAAUGAACCCACUCAUAGUAAAGAAACAAGAAAUGCUCAAAAAUCAGAUAAAAGUAAUAAAGGGGAAAAUAAAAAAGAUAAAAACAAAGGUGAUACAAAGGAAAACGAUAAAACGUCAAAAGCAAAACUAAAAAUGAAAGGUAAGACAGAUAAAGAUCAGGCUACAAGUUCCAUCCCGACCAAAAGAGAAUCAAAAGAAAAACAAAAUAUUAAAACUAUUAUAAAGGAAGAAUCUGAGUCUACUGAUGACGACGAACCACUUAUUAAAAGUAAGAUACUUAAGGAAAAGGAGCAAAGCGAACGACUUAAAUACCAAUUAUUGAAAGAUCUAUCAGAAAAAUCUGCUUAUGUCAAACUAGAAUGUUGUGAUGUCGAUGUAAAUAAAAACAGCAGGAAAUCGCUAGAUUCUUCAUUAAAUAAAGAAAAAGAAGACAAGUCAAACAAAAGCAAAGUUUUGAAACAAAAUGCAAAGCCAAAAGUAAAAAAAUUGUCAGUUGAUUAUAUUAAGACUGAAAAACAGGCCGUUGAUUCAAGCUCUGAUAGCGAUGAUGAAAGUCUAAGUGUCGCAAGUAGACUUCGAACACGCAAGAGUAUUAAAACGGAAGAAAAAGAUAAUAAUAAUAAAACCACACUCAUUCAAAAAACGCCGAUAAAAUCCUCUCCGUCUAAAAAAGUGGACAGCAGUAGUAGUAGUACAAGUAAUAGUUCUACUCCUGUACGUAAGCCCGAUUUUGGAGAUGGAUCUGCUUUUCAUCCGGGUUGGGAAGAAGAAUUAUACAAAUAUAAGCGCUCUUUGCGCAUGCCUACAAGACUUAUUGCUAUUCCACGUGGUCGCUCGGGUGGACCGUUCGUUAGGCGCACCGGUACUUUACUCACUAGAGGGUCAACAUCACUUCCUGACUUAGACCCUGCCCCACUUUCACCAGCUCCGUCUUCGGCUCCGUCAGCUGCUACAGAUGACUUAUGUGCGAGACGCCAAGAAAAAUUGACACUCGAUAGUGAUUUAGAUUCAAAUUCUAGUUGCUCUGCUCGUCAUAGGCUUCAUUAUGAUUCGGAAGCUUCAACGUCAACUGUUUUCUCAUCGAGAACAAAACGAAAAGGAAGUUCUAUUGUAGACGUACUUAUACAGAAAUGCGUUCCGAAGGACAAUCCUAAAAAGAAAUCUAAAGAUAAAGACGACAAGACACCUAAAGUCAUUCAAAAAAAAUCUAAUACAUCGGAACUAUUACCGACACCGAGUCUAGGUCUUGUAAAAAACGGCAAUAAAGGAAGCUUAAGUGCAAAAAAGGAAAAAUUGAUGGAAGACAUAUAUUACUUGGGUGCAUUUAGAAAAGAAACCGUAACUGCUUUUAGAAACGCUUUUAUUAAAAAUACGGAUGGACUGAUUGGUGCCACUGAAGAGUUCCAACCUGUUGUCUUAAAAUCUAGAACAAGAACUGAAAGUAGAGUUCUGAAACAAAGAGCUACUAUAAAAGAGGUUUUCGGUGAUGAAAGGCCAGCCUCUGCACCACCAACGUCUUGUAGAGAAGAGGAACUACAAGAGGAGAAAGAACCUGUCGAAAUAAAAAAAGAACCGGAACCUAAACCUAAAUUAAAACCCAAAAAAAUCGUUAAAGACAAAAUGAAACGAAGAUCUAGUUCGAUACGAGACGGACUAAGAAGCACUAAAUCGUUAAAACGGAAUGAUGCGAAAGGGCGGCUUCUUCGCCUGAAGAAAAGGAACAGUCUUAUGAAAUCAUUUAAAAAUAAGAGAAUUAAGGAUAAUUCUGCCAACAAACACAAAACAGAAAACCCUCCUUCAUCAGAAAAUAACGAAAACAUCAAAGCAAAAGAAGAAAGCAGCUCUUUAACAAAUACGGAAGGAAACACAAAAAGACGUCUAAAGCGCUUAUUUGGCAGGAGAAAAUUUAGUUCUGGUUUUGAUUAUAUCCGCAAGAAAAAGAAAAUAAUACGUAGAGAAGAAAAUUCAAAUAACAAAAUACGUAGACCAGCUGUCAAACCAAGUCCUGAGUCUAUUCAUGACAUCCAUAAAGAAAUCAAGAGUUGGUUCAUCAACAAAAGUGUGGGAGAGACCCACCUUCAUCGCGCUGCCAGGCUCGGUUACACCGACUGUGUCGCAUACUGUUUGGAGAAGAUGGAAUCGGAUCCGUCGGCUAAAGACAAUGCGGGUUUCACACCGUUGCACGUGGCCGCGGCGAAAGGUCACGUCAGGAUCGCAAGGCUGCUUUUGCAGUAUGGCGCUAACGUGUCAGCGGCGGCGCAAGGAGGUAUUAGGCCGUUGCACGAGGCAUGUGAGAACUGUCAUGUGGAAGUGAUACGGUUACUGCUGGCGUACGGCGCGGACCCCCUGUUGGGCACUUACGCUGGACAAACGCCUGAAGAACUGACCGAGGGCUCGGCAACAGUGUUCUUGCGCCUGCACAUAGCUGAUGUGCAAGGACAAGCCGUCGAACCCUGGAGGUUCCCACCUCCCACAGAUAUUAUUGAUCGCGAAGAGCUGGGCUGCGACCCGCUAGCGUCGCCGCCACCCGGGUCUCCGCCCCCGCCGCCAGACUCCACCAUAGAGAUUCAGAGCACAGAGGCUCCACUUCCCCCCUUCUACAGCCUCAGGACAGCGCCAGGACAACCAGCUGACGGACUCUGGUGCUUGUUACAGGACAUCACUAAUUUACUACAGAUCAAAUCAAAAGACAGUCUACUGAAGCAAAUCCACUGCGGCUCAGGGUCGCCGAGGGAGCUACUCCGCGAGAUCCGCACGCAGGAGUUCCUGGAGCGCGCGCAGUGCCACCAGCUGCUGUGCGCCGGCGAGAAGGUCAACGUGCGCGCCUCCAAGGUCGCGCUCGUCAGGGUCACCGACAAGCUGCGCCAGCUCCUCAAGAUCGAGACCGUGCUGGUGAGCUGACACUGAGCUGCUCGCCCGCGACCAUACUCACGACAAAACCAUAGGAAAUGCAAAUCGGCAUUAAAAUAAAUGUUUCGCGUCCGAAAAUAUCCAGCCUAUUCCAGAUUCCUUUUGUAAGUUUUAGUAAACAUAUUUUACGAACAGUUUUAUGCGCCGGAUUUUUCGGUUACAACGAUUAUAAAAGAAUUAGUAAUAUUACAGUGUGGUUAAAAUAAUUAUAGCUGAUUGUAGAGAAGUACCUAAUUACGAAUCAAUCCCGGACAGCUCAAGAAUGAGAUCUUAUCUAGCACGACUGAUUAUUGUAAUAUAACUUUGUAUCUCAUUUAAGAACAAUAUUAUAAAAUAUUCGUUUUAUGAGACUGUAUAAUUUAAGGCAGCCAUUACAUAAUCACCAUUUGUUUGUUUUUGCUAUCUGAUCUGGUGCGACAGAUACUAACAAUUGGCGGUCAACGCCAAUGACCGAUGAUGAUGAUGAAUGUAAUUUUCAUUACCGUUGGUGGCUGUUAUAUUGAGUGCUUUGAAAGUGUUAAAUGUAAAUAUUGUAAAUAGAUUAAUUGUAUAGUUUCUGCAUAUAAAUGUCGCUUUUAAUGUAUGAUAUUCUCAUGGGUGCUAUUUAACGUUGGUUUAUGGUUUAUUGGUUAGUGUAAGUAAAUGAAUGCUGCGGCUAGCUCGUUAGUUAUAAUUAUUAGUAAGAUGAAUCUAGUUACCAUUAUUUAAGGCGUUAGCAUAAUCUUAUACUAUGUGUGCAAUAGUAUACGUGCGUGAAUCUAACACGGUACAUAGUAUUGUAGUGGGAGCGUCGAGUCAGGUGUCAGUCACAGGGUUGGAUGGAGCCUUACGCACGCGCAUGUACUUAAGUCACCGUCAGCCGGGCUGGCGACAGGCGACAUGCGACGUGCGACACGACACGGCACGAGUGCAGGUUGUCGCUGGCGUCGUGUGCGCCUGCGCAGGUCGACUGUACGCUCCUCGUUGUUUUGUUUCCAUACACCCGGGAUGUUCCAGUGAUAUUUAGUACAUUACCAAUACAUCACCGACGAACUGUUAUAUUCAUUGUUGUGAGAUUAUGCUACUACUUUUUCGAUCUUUUAAUUUAAUUGAAUAUUUUGUUUAUUGUUAUGUUUGCUAAUAUUGUCUGCCCGAAAUAUUUUUAUUAUUAUAAUAAUUUACAUUACAUUAUGUGAAACAUGUUUUAUUUAUAUACCUACAGUCGGUAUAAGAAAUUAGGAAAAUUUAUUAAAACAUAUUAAAUCAUAUCGCAACCUAUUAACAAUGUAAAUAAGAAUAAAUUGUAAACAAAUUAUUUUUUAACUUAUUUUGGAGCGUCUCGUGUAUGAACAAUAAAUAUCAAUGGAUGUUGCCUGCGGGCAAAUCACUCAUUGGUACAUAUUUAGUCCAAUACUUUAUAGUAUUUUGAGAAUGUUGUACUACGGAUAGUUAAAAUUUUAUAUGGCAUAAUCAACGCGGCGACGCAACGGUCCGCCCUUUGUAUAUUUUGUGGAAACAAGAAACGAAUAAAAGUACAUUGUUAAUCUGUGAUGAACUAUUAUAGAAGAGUAAACUUGUGUGCGGAUAACUGAGUGAAAUCUAUCAUUUUUGGAUUAGAACAUGUAACUAACAUCUUAUACAAUACGUAUACUAUUUCUGAAUGAAAAAAUCUGUAAAAUUUAUCUGUUUUAGUUAAACCUACAGUAUAAGUAUUAUUGUAAUUAUUGACACAUAAAUCUUGUUGAUAACAUGAAGAAUAAAAUGUGAACAAUAUUAAUACUGACGA